UGUUCCCCCUCGGGCUAUAAGAAGGCGGAUGAUGAGAUGUCCGGAGCCACGUCCUCGGCGGAUCUGGACGAGGCACCAGCCCGCACCAUUUACUUGAACCAGCCCCAGCAGAGCAAGUUCCGCGACAACUGGGUCAGCACAGCCAAGUACAGUGUGGUGACAUUUCUACCUCGAUUCCUGUAUGAGCAGAUAAGAAAAGCUGCAAAUGCAUUCUUCCUCUUCAUUGCCUUACUGCAGCAAAUUCCAGAUGUCUCUCCAACAGGAAGAUAUACCACCUUGGUGCCAUUGCUAUUUAUUUUAACAGUUGCUGGCAUCAAAGAAAUCAUAGAAGACUAUAAAAGGCAUAAGGCAGACAGUGCAGUGAAUAAAAAGAAAACAAUAGUUCUAAGAAAUGGGAUGUGGCAGAACAUUAUGUGGAAAGAGGUAGCAGUAGGAGAUAUUGUGAAGGUCACCAAUGGGCAACAUCUUCCAGCAGACAUGAUCAUUAUAUCUUCCAGUGAACCACAAGCUAUGUGCUAUAUUGAAACAGCUAAUCUCGAUGGGGAGACGAAUCUUAAAAUACGACAGGGAUUGUCUCAAACUGCGAGUCUCCAGUCAAGAGAAGAAUUGAUGAAAGUAUCUGGAAGGAUAGAAUGUGAAGGACCCAACCGUCAUCUUUACGACUUCACUGGAAACUUGCGCUUAGAUGGUCAAAGCCCAGUUCCUGUUGGUCCUGACCAGAUCUUGCUAAGAGGUGCACAACUGAGAAACACUCAAUGGGUCUUGGGUAUUGUUGUGUAUACAGGACAUGAUACAAAACUCAUGCAGAAUUCAACCAAAGCACCUCUGAAGAGAUCAAAUGUGGAGAAAGUGACCAACAUGCAGAUCCUGGUUUUGUUCUGUAUUCUCCUGGUGAUGGCCCUUGUGAGUUCUGUAGGUGCCUUAUUAUGGAACAGAACACACGGCGAAGUCGUCUGGUACCUUGGCUCCAACAAAAUGCUGUCUGUCAACUUUGGAUACAAUCUGCUGACAUUUAUAAUCUUGUACAACAACCUUAUUCCAAUCAGUCUUCUGGUGACAUUGGAAGUUGUCAAGUUUACUCAGGCUCUUUUUAUAAAUUGGGACAUAGAUAUGUAUUAUCCUGAAACAGAUACGCCUGCAAUGGCCAGAACCUCAAACCUUAAUGAGGAACUUGGGCAGGUAAAAUACCUGUUUUCUGAUAAAACAGGUACUCUAACAUGCAAUAUCAUGAACUUUAAGAAAUGUAGUAUUGCUGGAGUGACAUAUGGUCACUUUCCUGAGCUGGAAAGAGAACGUUCAUCAGAAGACUUCAGCCAGCUACCUCCUUCCACCAGUGAAUCGUGUGAAUUUGAUGACCCAAGACUGCUGCAAAACAUUGAAAAUGACCAUCCCACAGCUGUGCACAUACAGGAGUUCCUCACUCUGCUGGCCGUGUGUCAUACUGUUGUUCCUGAGAGACAAGGAAAUACAAUAAUCUACCAGGCCUCCUCUCCAGAUGAAGGGGCAUUAGUGAAAGGAGCAAAAAAACUUGGUUAUGUCUUCACAGGACGGACUCCGCAUUCGGUUAUCAUUGAUGCGCUGGGAAAGGAAAAAACCUUUGAAAUUCUUAACGUGCUGGAGUUUUCCAGCAACAGGAAGAGAAUGUCAGUGAUUGUUCGAACUCCAGCGGGACAGCUACGUCUCUACUGCAAAGGGGCUGAUAAUGUAAUUUUUGAGAGGCUUUCAAAAGAUUCCCAGUAUAUGGAGCAAACACUGUGCCAUCUUGAAUACUUCGCAACAGAAGGUCUGAGGACUUUGUGCAUUGCUUAUGCAGACCUGUCAGAAAACUCUUACAGAGAGUGGUUGAAUGUCUACAAUGAAAUCAGUACAGUUCUGAAAGACAGAACUCAGAAGCUGGAGGAAUGCUAUGAGAUCAUUGAAAAGGAUUUACUGCUUCUUGGAGCUACAGCCAUUGAAGACCGCCUGCAAGCAGGUGUUCCAGAAACAAUAGCCACACUAAUGAAGGCAGAAAUUAAGAUAUGGAUUCUGACAGGGGACAAACAGGAAACAGCUCUCAAUAUAGGGUACUCUUGCAGACUCAUUUCACAGAGUAUGUCUCUCAUCCUGGUCAAUGAGGAUUCGCUAGAUGCAACAAGAGCUUCUCUGACUCAACAUUGUACCAGUUUGGGGGAGUCGCUGGGCAAGGAAAACGAUAUUGCUCUGAUUAUUGAUGGCCACACACUGAAGUAUGCCCUGUCAUUUGAAGUCAGGCAGAGCUUUCUGGACUUGGCACUCUCCUGUAAAGCAGUUAUUUGUUGCAGAGUAUCUCCUCUACAGAAGUCUGAAAUAGUAGACAUGGUCAAGAAACACGUCAAUGCCAUAACACUUGCCAUUGGGGACGGUGCCAAUGACGUAGGAAUGAUCCAGACAGCUCACGUUGGAGUGGGGAUCAGUGGCAAUGAGGGCAUGCAGGCAACCAAUUGCUCGGAUUAUGCUAUUGCACAGUUUUCCUACUUGGAGAAGCUGUUGUUGGUCCACGGAGCUUGGAGUUACAAUAGAGUUACCAAGUGCAUACUAUACUGCUUCUACAAGAAUGUAGUCUUGUAUAUUAUUGAGCUUUGGUUUGCUUUCGUUAAUGGAUUUUCUGGGCAGAUCUUAUUUGAGCGAUGGUGCAUUGGUCUGUAUAAUGUGAUUUUCACAGCACUGCCACCCUUUACUCUGGGAAUUUUUGAACGAUCAUGUACUCAAGAUAGCAUGCUUAGAUUUCCACAGCUAUACAAAAUUACUCAAAAUGCAGAUGGGUUCAACACAAGGGUUUUUUGGGGUCACUGCAUCAAUGCCCUGAUCCAUUCCAUCAUUCUCUUCUGGUUUCCACUGAAAGUGCUGGAGCAUGAUGCAGUAUUCACAAAUGGCCAGGGAAUUGACUAUUUAUUUGUUGGAAACAUAGUUUACACUUAUGUUGUAGUCACUGUUUGUCUGAAAGCUGGCUUGGAAACGACUGCGUGGACUAGAUUCAGUCACCUGGCCGUCUGGGGAAGCAUGCUGCUCUGGGUGAUGUUCUUCGGUGUCUACUCGGCCAUCUGGCCCACGUUUCCCAUCGCACCAGACAUGCUGGGGCAGGCUGGAAUGGUGUUAAGAUGUGGAUACUUCUGGUUUGGCUUGUUUCUCGUGCCCACUGCGUGCCUUGUUAAAGACGUGGCAUGGACAGCGGCCAAGCAUACCUACCAUAAAACUUUGCUGGAGCAAGUUCAGGAGUUGGAGACGAAGACAAGAGAGCUGGGAAAAGCCAUGCUUCGUGAUAGUAAUGGAAAGAGUGUGAACGAACGUGAUCAUUUGUUAAAAAGGCUCGGCAGGAAAACUCCUCCAAGCCUUUUCCGUGCUCAUUCUGUCCAGCAAAGUGUAUCACAUGGGUAUGCAUUUUCUCAAGAAGAACACGGUGUUGUUUCCCAGUCGCAAGUUGUUCGAUCCUACGAUACAACCAAAAGGAGAGCAGAAAUAGAAUAA